CUGGCGAGCAUGGAGCGUCGGCCACCCAGCCAGCACCCGCUACUUGGCCCCCGCUCGCUCGCAAGCGCGGCCACUCCGCUCCCGUCCGCCGCGCCUGCUCUCCACAAUGCCUGAGGUCCUCGCAGCCCGCGCCUGGCCGCUUCUGCUCCUGCUGGCCGUCCAGCUGGGCGCGACGGCGGGCGCCCCCCAGCCAUGGCACUGCGCGCCCUGCUCCGCCGAGAAGCUCGCGCUCUGCCCUCCCGUGCCCGACUCCUGCGCUGAGGCCGCCCCGCCCGCCAGCUGCGGCUGCUGCCCGAUGUGCGCCCUGCCAUCGGGCGCCGCCUGCGGGGUGGCCACUGCGCGAUGCGCCACCGGGCUCAGCUGCCGUGCGCCGCCGGCGACCCCGCGGCCGCUGCACGCCCUCAUCCGCGGCCAAGGCGUCUGCGGGCCCACCGAUCCCGAAGCAGAUGCCAAGGAGUCCUUGGAGAGCUCUGAGAUCACCCAGGAGCAGCUCCUGGAGAACUUCCAUCUGAUGGCCCCAUCGGAGGAGGACAUGCCUGUCCUCUGGAACGCAAUCAGUAGUUACAAGACCAUGCGAGCUGGGCAUGCCUCGGACUCGGACUCUGACAAGUUGAAGGAGCCUUGCCGGCGAGAGCUCCACAGGAUACUGGCACAACUCGCCAAGGAACAUCAGUCGCCCAGACACCUUAGCAAUUUCUACCUGCCCAACUGCAACAAGAAUGGAUUCUAUCACAGCAAACAGUGCCGGACGGCCACGGACGGUCAGCGGGGGCUCUGUUGGUGUGUCUACCCCUGGAGCGGGGAGAGGAUCCCAGGAUCCGUGGAAGUCAGAGACGACCCCAAAUGCAAUCAAUAUUUUGCCAUGCACAGCUGAGAGUGCAUGCCCCGUCAUCUGUCCCUUCACAGGAAAUAUUUAAGUACAUAGCAUAUUUAUAGUCCAGAAAUCAUGCACACUUAUCUAUAUAUAUAUAUGUAUAUGUGUGGGAACCACUUUUAUAUGCCACAUGCUAGUGGACACAUAAAUCUGUAGUUUAUUUAUUCACUGUACAUGUAUUUUUUCGACACAGUCCCUGUGCUGUGUUACUUUGUAAAUCAUGAAACCUGUCACAUCGCACUGGGUGUAAAUACUUGAUUGCAGUUCCCCAAAGUUCCCUGCUUCUGGUUCUGAAGAGCUGGGGCAGGGGGCGGGAAUAAAGCCUGGAAAAUGCAAACCUGAAA